AGGCGGAGCCGCGCUGUGGGGAUGUGUCUGAGCGUGACGCGAUUUUGUCCGCGUUGGAGCCGGGGCGGCCGUGGCUGAGCGUGACGUGGCAGAGAACGAGCGAGCGCGGAUCUCGGUCGCGCAGCCGCCGCCGUCUGCGCCUUUAUAAGUGGGCGCCGCUGAACCCCGCGGUCAGCGCUGCCUGCUCCGUCCGGCCGUCAGUGAGUGGAACCCGGCGCCGCUCCCGCCCUUCGUCCUCCUCCUGCCGCCGCCGCCGCCGCCAUGGGCCUCACCAUCUCCUCGCUGUUCUCGCGCCUCUUCGGCAAGAAGCAGAUGCGCAUCCUCAUGGUUGGUUUGGAUGCUGCUGGUAAGACAACUAUCCUUUAUAAGCUGAAACUAGGAGAAAUUGUCACCACAAUUCCCACUAUUGGUUUUAAUGUGGAAACGGUAGAAUACAAAAACAUUUGCUUCACAGUUUGGGAUGUUGGUGGUCAAGAUAAAAUCAGACCCCUCUGGAGGCAUUAUUUCCAAAAUACACAGGGCCUCAUCUUUGUGGUGGACAGCAACGACAGAGAGAGAAUCGAGGAAGCAGCAGAUGAGCUGCAGAAGAUGCUUCAGGAGGAUGAGCUGCGAGAUGCAGUGCUGCUGCUGUUUGCAAAUAAGCAGGACCUGCCAAAUGCCAUGGCAAUCAGCGAAAUGACGGAUAAGUUAGGUCUGCAGUCCCUGCGUAACAGAACUUGGUAUGUCCAAGCUACCUGUGCUACGCAAGGAACCGGUCUGUAUGAGGGACUUGACUGGCUCUCAAACGAACUCUCAAAACGCUAACUCGAACUGGAUGACUCUUUCACCAGGGACAUGUUUGAUAUAAGUGGUCUAGGCUUGUUACAACAAAAUUAGUUUGCAUCUUGGUUAUUACAAUAUCUGGAACUGAUCUUUGGGCAGGAUAUUACAGCAUUUCAACUUAUUUUGUUGCCAAUUAUUGUUUACCGAGCUACAUGUUGCAAAGGUAGCAAUAUGCUUGGGUAAAAAUCUCCUUAACUUGGAAAAAAGUGUAUCUUCUGAUUCUACUUCCCUUGUUAGCCUAAAUGCCUGAAUAUAGUUAUUGUGACAUCUUCAAGAUCUGUUCUGAAUACUUUUUUUUGGAGCCCCAAUAAAUUAAUGUUUUAAUUUUUUUUCUCCCUGCUACUUUUAGUUGACUGAUGCCCUGUUUCAUUCCUCAGACAGUCUGCUGAUUUAAAAAUGUAGCAUUCCGUGUAUUUAUUUCUCUCCCUUGCCAAAAAGAAUUCCUAAUCCUGCUUGUUCCCGCCGAGGAAGUGCUCUAAAACACUAUUCAAAUCUACUGCACUGAGGAACAUUGUAUUGAUCCUUGGGUUCCAUCGGCCCAACUUGCCUUUGUGAGAAUUGGAUUUGAUGGGUAGAAUAGUUCUGUGCUGGCUGCGAAGAGCUCAUGUUGAGGUUGUUUUUAAUAUUCAGCAGAUUGUCUUCCUUUAUAUUGUAUCUUUUUGGGUUUGUUUUUUUUUACGUUGCAUGUUGCUUUUUGGUAUCAGCCUGACUAUUUUUGCCCAGUGUAUAAUAGUUCUGCUGAGGUUUUACUGUUUGUUGGUGGACAUAUCUUCAUAAUGAGAUUUUGGAAAAUUCAUCGAACUCAAUGGAUUAGUUUCUUCAUAACCCACUUGGAAUUAUUCCUAAUAAAAUGAUAAAAUGUAUUGUUCUGCGUACACUCUUCUUGACUCUUUGGUGGUUGAGCUGUGAGUUAUCACAUACUCAUUUUCCAUAAACUGAGCUUCCCUGCAGCUUGAAUGUGAACAUAAAUUUCAUUUUCCCUUGCUUGGGGCUGUACAGAGUGGGGCGCGAGGUGGGCAGAGUUGUAUACGGUGCAGUAGAGUAGCUGUCAUCAAGACCUAUAAUAAUUCUGUGUCUUUUGAAGUUGUAAAUCUCAAAUUCCUUUUAAGAUGUCCAGAUAUGAAAAUACUAACAGUUACAAAAACGGUAAUAAAACGAGUACAAACUGCCUGAAAAG